ACAACAACAUCCUGGAGUGUCUCUACUACAACGUGAACUUCGAGAUGGAGAAGACCAAUCAGAGCGGAGUGGAGCGCUGCGAGGGCGACCAGGACAAGCGCUCGCACUGCUACGCCUCCUGGAGGAACAACUCGGGAUCCAUCGAGCCGGUGAGGAAGGGCUGCUGGCUGGACGACUUCAACUGCUACGACCGACAGGAGUGUGUAGCCACGGAGGAGAGUCCACAGGUCUUCUUCUGCUGCUGUGAAGGAAACUCCUGUAACGAGAAGUUCACUCACCUGCCGGACGCCAUCGGACCACGUGAGUCUGACCUGAUGUCACUGAUCAAAGCCCCGCCCCCCAGCGCUGGCGUGUUAAACGUGAUGAUUUACUGCUUCCUGCCUGUCACCAUGUUGUCAGUCACUCUGCUCACUGCCGUCUGGAUGUACAGACAUCGCAAACCUCCAUUAGUGACCCCCCCCCUCUCUCCUCAGGACCCAGGACUUGCUCCUGCUUCCCCCCUGCUGGGUCUCAAGCCUCUGCAGUUACUGGAGGUGAGGGCCAGGGGGCGCUUCGGCUGCGUGUGGAAGGCCCAGAUGAUGAAAGAACACGUGGCUGUCAAGGUCUUCCCCAUCCAGAAUAAGGAGUCGUGGGCGAACGAGAGAGACGUGUUCACGACACCAGGAAUGAGACAUGAAAACAUCCUGAGGUUCAUCGGCUCAGAGAAUCGAGGGAGUCACCUGGAGGCGGAGCUGUGGCUCAUCACGGAGUUCCACGAGAGGGGCUCGUUGUGCGACUUCCUGAAGGGAAACGUGCUCAGCUGGUCCGAGCUGUGUCACGUGUCCGAGUCCCUGGCGUGCGGCCUGUCCUUCCUCCACGAGGACGUCCCCCAGCAGAGAGGGGAGGGACCCAAACCAGCCAUCGCUCACAGGGACUUGAAGAGUAAGAACAUCAUGUUGCGUCUGGACCUCAGCGCCGUCAUCGGGGACUUCGGCCUCUCCGUCCGGUUCGAGCCGGGGAAACCUCCUGGAGAGACGCACUGCCAGGUGGGCACGUGGCGGUACAUGGCUCCAGAGGUUCUAGAAGGAGCCAUCAACUUCCAGCGAGACGCCUUCCUGCGAAUCGACAUGUACGCAAUGGGCCUGGUGCUGUGGGAGCUGGUGUCCCGCUGCAAGGCUGCUGACGGUCCUGUGGACGAGUACAUGCUGCCGUUCGAGGAGGACGUUGGUCAACACCCGUCACUUGAGGACCUACAGGAAGUCGUUGUCCACAAGAAGAUGAGACCAGUGUUCAAAGACCUCUGGCUCAAACACAGUGGCCUGUCUCAGGUCUGUGAGACGGUGGACGAGUGUUGGGACCAUGAUGCGGAGGCUCGUCUGUCGGCCAGCUGUGUGGAGGAGAGGAUCUCUCAGGUCCGCCGCCUCGCCGCCACCAUCGCUCCGCUGACCUCUGACCUCCGGGCCCUCUCCACGGCCACGCCUGUUCCCAUGGUAACCAACCAGAUGCCCAAAGAGUCGAGUUCAUGAGGAAUCGAACCAACAUCUGGA